AAAAUAAAUGAAACUUGAGCGCAGGAUGUAGGUGCCAAAAUAUGGGGUUCUUCACGGUCCCGAGCCAUCCCUGCAUACUUGGGCAGAAAAGAUCCACUUUACCUUCCGUACGUGCAGGAUUCAAAGAUGGCCGCCUUCAGUCUCCGUGACGAGAGGACGCGAACUUACUACCGCCCAGUCGUCCGUGCUCCGUACACCUGCAACUUCAGACCUUCGUCGGCCGCCGUAGGCCGGCUUGGAGGCUGUGGGAGGGCCCAGAAGUGGAAGAAUUCAGGAAAAGUGCAGGCUCAGGGAAGUGUCGGUGGGUUCCCCGGAAAAUCAGAGAUGGCAUCUCACUAUGUUGUCCAGACUGAUCUUGAACUCCUGACCUCAAGUGAUCCUCUCUCCUUUGGCUCCUAAAGUGCUGGGAUUCCAGGUGUGAGCCACCUCACCUGGUCACAUUUAUCCGUCUUGUAAAAUAUUGCUUUGUUUUUUGGGGGCAUUUCAAACCCACAGUUCCUGACUCCAGGGGCGAGACACUUCAAGUGAGGUAAGGAGGAGGUUCCAGGACCUGGAUCCCAUCUUUUGCAGGGAUAUAAUUCACCAGAGACCAAGAUUUCUAGCCAGAAAUUGAGGGCAGCUCAAGGAGAGACUCCAGACACAGCAUCCUACUUACUGGCUAUUUCCCAGUAACAGAAGAAAAUGAUCAAGUCCCAGGAAUCACUGACCCUGGAGGAUGUGGCUGUGGAGUUCACCUGGGAGGAGUGGCAGCUCCUCGGCCCUGCUCAGAAGGACCUGUACCGGGACGUGAUGUUGGAGAACUAUAGCAACCUGGUGUCAGUGGGGUAUCAAGCCAGCAAGCCAGAUGCACUCUCCAAGUUGGAACAAGGAGAACCAUGGACAGUAGAAAAUGAAAUCCACAGCCAAAUCUGUCCAGAAAUCAAGAAAGUUGACAAUCAUCUACAGAUGCACUCACAAAACCAAAGAUGUCUGAAGAGAGUGGAACAAUGCCAUAAACAUAAUGCAUUUGGAAACAUCAUUCAUCAGAGGAAAAGUGAUUUUCCUUUAAGGCAAAAUCAUGAUACAUUUGACUUACAUGGGAAAAUACUGAAAUCAAAUUUACGUUUAAUCAACCAGAACAAAAGGUAUGAAAUCAAGAAGUCUGUGGGGGUUAAUGGAGAUGGGAAAUCCUUCCUUCAUGCCAAGCAUGAACAGUUUCAUAAUGAAAUGAACUUCCCCAAAGGUGGAAAUUCUACGAAUACAAAUUCACAAUUCAUUAAGCAUCAGCAAACUCAAAAAAUAGAUAAACCCCAUGUAUGCACUGAGUGCGGGAAGGCUUUCCUCAAGAAGUCUCGCCUCAUCUAUCAUCAGAGAGUUCACACUGGAGAGAAACCUCAUGGAUGCAGUAUAUGUGGGAAAGCCUUCUCCAGAAAGUCUGGGCUCACUGAACACCAGAGAAAUCACACAGGAGAGAAACCCUAUGAAUGCACUGAAUGUGACAAAGCAUUCCGCUGGAAAUCACAGCUCAAUGCGCACCAGAAAAUUCAUACAGGAGAGAAAUCAUAUAUAUGCAGUGAUUGUGGAAAAGGCUUCAUCAAGAAGUCUCGGCUCAUUAAUCAUCAGAGAGUUCAUACAGGAGAGAAACCACAUGGAUGCAGCCUGUGUGGGAAAGCCUUCUCCAAAAAGUCCAGGCUCACUGAACACCAGAGAACUCAUACAGGAGAGAAACCCUAUGAAUGCACUGAAUGUGACAAAGCAUUCCGCUGGAAAUCACAGCUCAAUGCGCAUCAGAAAGCUCACACAGGAGAGAAGUCAUAUAUAUGCAGUGAUUGUGGAAAAGGCUUCAUUCAGAAGGGAAAUCUCAUUGUACAUCAGCGAAUUCAUACUGGGGAAAAACCCUAUAUAUGCAAUGAAUGUGGGAAAGGCUUCAUCCAAAAGGGUAAUCUCCUUAUUCAUCGACGUACUCACACUGGAGAGAAACCCUAUGUAUGCAAUGAAUGUGGGAAAGGCUUCAGCCAGAAGACAUGCUUAAUAUCGCAUCAGAGAUUUCACACAGGAAAGACACCCUUUGUAUGUACUGAGUGUGGAAAAUCCUGUUCACACAAGUCGGGUCUCAUUAACCACCAGAGAAUUCACACAGGAGAAAAACCCUAUACAUGCAGUGACUGUGGGAAAGCUUUCAGAGAUAAAUCAUGUCUCAACAGACAUCGGAGAACUCAUACAGGGGAGAGACCCUAUGGAUGCUCUGAUUGUGGGAAAGCUUUCUCCCACUUGUCAUGCCUUGUUUAUCAUAAGGGAAUGCUGCAUGCAAGAGAGAAACGUGUAGGUUCAGUCAAAUUGGAAAAUCCUUUCUCAGAGAGCCAUAGCUUAUCACAUACAAGUGAUCUCAUACAGGAUAAAGACUCUGUUAACAUGGUGACUGUGCAGAUGCCUUCUGUGGCAGCUCAGACUUCGUUAACUAGCAGUGAGUUCCACGCAGAUAGCAAAGUAGCCAUUGUGAGCCAGCCUGUUGCCAGAAGUUCAGUCUCAGCAGAUAGUAGAAUUUGCACAGAAUAAAAACCUUAUGAAUGGAGUGAA